CCGGGGUGCUGCGCUCGGGCCCCCGCAGCCACCGCACUCGCGGCCCCGCCCCAUCGCCACCUCGCGGGGCCUGGGCCUCCCAGGGCGCUGCCUCUCGGUGCAGAACCGUAUGUAUGGCACAAGGUGGAUGAGAGACCCGACGAACCCGUCCUUAAAAGGCCCUUUGCCUUUCCCCGUGAACUUCUAGGGAUCUGAAAGAAGAUGAACUUGGCAGAGAUUUGUGACAACGCAAAGAAAGGGCGAGAGUAUGCACUUCUGGGAAAUUAUGACUCAUCGAUGGUGUAUUACCAGGGAGUAAUACAGCAGAUCCAGAGACAUUGCCAGUCGGUGAGAGACCCGGCCGUCAAAGGGAAGUGGCAUCAGGUACGGCAGGAACUCUUGGAAGAAUACGAACAAGUUAAGAGUAUCGUCAGCACGUUAGAAAGCUUUAAAGUCGACAAGCCCCCAGACUUCCCUGUGUCUUGUCAAGAUGAACCAUUUAGAGAUCCAGCAGUUUGGCCACCCCCUGUCCCUGCAGAGCACAGAGCUCCGCCUCAGAUCAGACGUCCCAACCGGGAAGUGAGGCCUCUGAGGAAAGAGGUGGGAGCAGGCGCCCGCGGACUGGUGGGCCGAGCGCACCCGACAUCCAAGAGCGACAAACCCGGAAGUCGGGACAAGGACUGCAGAGCGAGAGGGAGAGACGACAAGGGAAGGAAAAAUAUUCAAGACGGUGCAAGUGAUGGUGAAAUCCCCAAAUUUGACGGCGCUGGGUACGAUAAGGAUCUGGUGGAAGCCCUGGAGAGGGACAUUGUGUCUCGGAACCCUAGCAUUCACUGGGAUGACAUAGCAGAUCUGGAGGAGGCUAAGAAGUUGCUCCGGGAAGCUGUUGUCCUUCCCAUGUGGAUGCCUGACUUUUUCAAAGGGAUUCGAAGGCCAUGGAAGGGUGUGCUGAUGGUUGGACCUCCAGGGACUGGGAAAACCAUGCUAGCUAAAGCGGUUGCCACCGAAUGUGGGACAACCUUUUUCAACGUCUCCUCUUCCACCCUGACUUCUAAGUACAGAGGCGAAUCUGAGAAGUUGGUCCGUCUGUUGUUUGAAAUGGCUAGGUUCUACGCCCCCACCACGAUCUUCAUUGAUGAAAUAGAUUCUAUCUGCAGUCGAAGAGGAACAUCGGACGAGCAUGAAGCAAGUCGCAGAGUCAAGUCUGAGCUGCUUGUCCAGAUGGACGGAGUUGGAGGAGCCUUAGAGAAUGAUGAUCCGUCCAAAAUGGUGAUGGUUCUGGCUGCCACUAACUUCCCAUGGGACAUCGAUGAAGCUUUGCGAAGGAGACUAGAGAAAAGGAUCUAUAUCCCUCUCCCAACAGCAAAAGGAAGAGCCGAGCUUCUGAAGAUCAGCCUCCGGGAGGUGGAGCUGGAUCCUGACAUCCGCCUGGAGGACAUCGCGGACAAGAUUGAGGGCUAUUCCGGUGCCGACAUAACUAACGUCUGCAGGGAUGCGUCUUUGAUGGCAAUGAGGCGGCGCAUCAGCGGCUUGAGUCCAGAAGAGAUCAGGGCCCUGUCCAAGGAGGAGCUGCAGAUGCCUGUCACCAGAGGGGACUUUGAGCUGGCACUGAAGAAAAUUGCCAAGUCGGUCUCGGCUGCGGACUUGGAGAAGUACGAGAAGUGGAUGGUUGAGUUUGGAUCUGCGUGAUUUCUGUCAGCUGUUUCCUUUCUGGUGUUCUUGUCUAUAAAUGUGAAGGAAUUCCUUAAAUUUAAAAAAAUCUGCAAUUUUUAAUCAGAGAAAAUUUCACUUAAAGGCCAAAGCAAAACAAAACCGUCUAGAGCUAGAGAGAAAUGCAGUUGAGGAAUGAGAUGCUUAUGGAGGCUGCUGGCUUUGCGCUGACAAACCUCAUUCUCGCAGAAUACGCCAGC